UGACGCCAUGAGUUCCUUCGGGGGUCAAAUGGUCGAGUACCCAACCAUCUCCAUAGACCGCUUUGACAGAGAGAACCUGAAGGCUCGUGCUUACUUUCUGUCCCACUGCCACAAGGAUCACAUGAAAGGAUUAAGAGCCCCUACCUUAAAACGAAGAUUGGAAUGCAGCUUGAAGGUUUACUUAUACUGUUCACCUGUCACUAAGGAGUUGUUGUUAACAAAUGCAAAAUACAGAUUUUGGGAGAAACGAAUUAUAUCAAUUGAAGUUGAUACUCCUACCCAGGUAACUUUAAUUGAUGAAGCAUCUGGCAAGAAGGAAGAGUUGGUUGUGACUCUUUUACCAGCUGGUCAUUGCCCAGGAUCAGUUAUGUUUUUGUUUCAGGGCAAUAAUGGAACAGUCUUAUAUACAGGAGACUUCAGAUUGGCAAAAGGAGAAGUUGCCAGAAUGGAGCUUCUACACUCUGGUGGCAGUGUAAAAGAUAUCCAAAGUGUGUAUUUAGAUACUACCUUCUGUGAUCCAAAAUACUAUCAAAUUCCAAGUCGGGAAGAAUGUUUAAAUGGAAUCUCAGAGCUGGUUGGAAGCUGGAUUACUCGGAGUCCUUACCAUGUGGUGUGGCUGAACUGCAAAGCAGCUUAUGGUUAUGAAUACUUAUUCACCAACCUUAGUGAACAGUUUGGAAUCCAGAUUCAUGUGGAUAAACUGGACAUGUUUAGAAAUAUGCCCGACAUUCUCCAGCAUCUAACAACAGACCGGGGCACGCAGAUCCACGCCUGCCGCCAUCCAAAGGCGGAGGAAUAUUUUCAGUGGAACAAAUUGCCCUGUGGAAUGACUUCCAAAAAUAGAACUCCACUCCGCACAAUCAGCAUUAAGCCAUCUACUAUGUGGUUUGGAGAAAGAACCAGAAAAACAAAUGUAAUUGUAAGGACUGGAGAGAGUUCAUACAGAGCAUGUUUCUCUUUUCAUUCCUCUUACAGUGAGGUUAAAGAUUUCUUGAGCUACAUCUGCCCUGUGAAUGCAUACCCAAACGUCAUUCCCAUGGGUGCAACUGUGGAUAAAGUUAUAGAAAUUUUAAAGCCUUUAUGUCGGUCUGCCCAAAGCACUGAGCCAAAGUAUAAGCCACUUGGAAAGUUGAAGAGAGCUAGAACAACCCGUCUAGAUUCAGAGGAGGAAGAUAAUGAUCUCUUUGAUGACCCUCUCCCAACACCUUUAAGGCACAAGGUUCCAAACCAAUCAACUCUUCACUCUAAAGUCUUUGUAAUGACCGCAGUAUCACACGAUCCACCUGGGAAAAUGAAUCAGAGCACAGUGUACCUCACAGAAGAGAGUGUGCAGACCUCUCUCACGGAAAACUUUGUAGAUUGUCAAGAAUCCAACAGUGAAAGUGAGGAAGAACCAGACAUCCCGACUUCGUUGCAAGGCAGUACGGAGGAUUCUGUGACACUUCACCAGCAGAAGACUGAUGUGGAUGUGCCACAGUGGGAAGUAUUUUUUAAACAAAGCCAUGAAAUCACAGAUGAUGGCCUGGAAAACCUCCCUUCCUCCACAGAGGCAGGGGGAUCUCAAUCACCCAAGCUUUUCAGCGACUCUGAUGGGGAAUCAACCCACAUCUCCUCACAGAAUUCUUCUCAGUCAACACACAUAUCAGAACAAGGAAGCCAAGGCUGGGAUAGCCAGUCAGAUACAAUUCUGUUACCAUCCCAAGAGAGAAACUGUACUGAUAUUCCUUCCAUAAACAAAGGUAAUUAUCGACCUAGAUUCAAAGAGAAUAUUCCCAUCUCCCAGCAAGAACAAAAUGUAUUUUGCUCAAAGAGUACUUAUUCUGAUUUAAAAAAUGGAGUUCAAGAUGUAAAUACAGUUCCUGAUGUUGGAGAGCUACCUGCUGUAAGUAGUGGAAAGUACACUCCAGAGGAGAAAUGGUCAGUAAAUCCUAGCACAAAGCCAGAUUCUCAGAGCUCCUCUGAUUUUGAAAUUCCCUCAACUCCAGAUGCUGAGGUACCCAAACAAGAACAUUUACAGUAUUUAUACGAGAAGCUGGCAACAGGUGAGAGUGUAAUAGUUAAGGGGAAAAAAAGCUCACUCCUAGAUAUUUAA